GCUUCGCUCGGCGCGCGCAGGUGGAGCCAGCGAGAGGCUCUGAGGCUGCCAGAGUGGUUGUGUCUGUUGCUCCGGUAAGGGGUGAUUCGCCGAGGGGCGCGGACCAGACAGACCUCGGGUCAGGCCCGGGAACCCCGAGAGGAGAGCCCAGCCCCUGGUGGAGGCGGCUUGGCGGAGAUUCGGAGCCGUCAGCAGCUCAGCCAGACGUCCAGGAUCCCACCCCUUGCAAAAGACCACGCCGUGGAAGCCAUGUUCCCACCAGCCAGGGGGAAGGUGCGGGAAUGCAGAUGGCUGAGUAGGUCAGAUUGAGGACAUGGCAGCGCAGCUCUGGUAAAAGAGUGACACUCUGGAUAAUGGAGCUGCUCUCAUUUGAGGAUGUGGCGAUGUACUUCACCAGAGAGGAGUGGGGCCACCUCAACUGGGGUCAGAAGGACCUCUACCGAGAUGUGAUGUUGGAGAACUACAGGAACAUGGUCUUGCUGGUUUAUUUCCAGUUUGAUGCUGCAAUACCACUGUGCUGAACGUCUCUGGCACAUUCAUCUUGGUUGCAAUUGUACUUUAGGCUAUAUUUCUAAGAGUGAAAUGACCACAGCCAAAGGUAUGAACAUUGUUCAGGCUUUCAAUAAAGACUGCCAGAUAUUUACAAAGAUUGUGCCAAUCUCUAUUCUCACCACCGCUUUUGAUUAUUGUCCUUAUCUCUGCUUGCCACUGAGCCCCGGGCCAUGUCUCUGUAACUCACUAACGGCCACAUCCCAUUUACUUCCCCAUGAGUAGGAUUUCAGUUUCCCAAACCUGAGAUGAUCUGUCAGCUGGAGAACUGGGACGAGCAGUGGAUCCUGGAUCUACCGAGAGCUGGGAAUAGGAAGGCUUCCGGUAGUGCUUGCCCAGGUUCUGAAGCCAGACACAAGAUGAAAAAGCUAACUCCAAAACAGAAAUUUUCUGAAGAUUUAGAGUCAUAUAAGAUAUCAGUGGUAAUGCAGGAAUCAGCUGAGAAACUUUCAGAAAAGUUACAUAAGUGUAAAGAAUUUGUGGACAGUUGCAGGCUUACUUUCCCUACUAGUGGUGAUGAAUACAGCAGGGGCUUCCUUCAAAACCUUAACCUUAUUCAAGAUCAGAAUGCACAAACAAGGUGGAAGCGGGGCAGAUAUGAUGAGGAUGGCAAACCCUUCAAUCAAAGAUCUUUGCUUUUGGGGCAUGAGCGAAUUCUCACAAGAGCAAAGUCUUAUGAAUGCAGUGAAUGUGGAAAAGUCAUUAGGCGUAAGGCAUGGUUUGAUCAACAUCAAAGAAUUCACUUUUUAGAGAAUCCUUUUGAGUGUAAGGUCUGUGGGCAAGCCUUCAGACAGCGGUCAGCUCUUACGGUCCAUAAACAGUGUCACCUGCAAAACAAGCCAUACAGAUGUCAUGACUGUGGAAAGUGUUUUCGGCAGCUCGCGUAUCUUGUUGAACAUAAGAGGAUUCACACCAAAGAAAAACCCUAUAAAUGUAGCAAAUGUGAAAAAACGUUUAGUCAGAAUUCAACCCUUAUUCGACAUCAGGUGAUCCAUAGUGGAGAAAAACGCCAUAAAUGCCUUGAGUGUGGAAAAGCCUUUGGCCGGCAUUCAACCCUUCUAUGUCAUCAACAGAUUCACAGUAAACCGAACACCCAUAAAUGCAGUGAAUGUGGACAGUCCUUUGGUCGGAAUGUGGAUCUCAUUCAGCAUCAAAGAAUCCAUACAAAGGAGGAAUUCUUUCAAUGUGGAGAAUGUGGGAAAACGUUUAGUUUUAAGAGGAAUCUUUUUCGACAUCAGGUCAUUCACACUGGAAGCCAACCCUACCAAUGUGUCAUAUGUGGAAAAUCUUUCAAGUGGCACACAAGCUUUAUUAAGCACCAGGGCACUCACAAAGGACAGAUAUCCACAUGAUGUUAACUGGAAAGCAGUCAUUGGAGGACUAGAACUUAUAAACCUCUACUUCAAGUGUGUAUCAUGUAAUUGUUUCCAUGAAAAGCAAUAAAUGUAACAAAGGGUUUUUCUAUGGGA